GUCAUCCUUGCCAAGGCGACAUUUUUACCUAGGCUUCUGCACAGCGAAGAGUGCUGUUCCCUGCAGUCUGAUUGAAGUCAGUGUUUUGCUCAUUGUGAAAAUGAACCUAGAGGAACACUGGUGAAUCGGUAUUUGUGGACUCACAGCGGCCGUGACUGGCUCAGAAGGGCAAAGCGUGGACCAAAGAAAAAUCACGCCACUGAACAACUUCAGAUGGAGGCGGAUGCAGACCAGAAGCGUCACCGCACACGCUCUAAAGGUAUCCGAGUCCCCAUAGAACCUGUAAUCCAAGAACUAUUCAGUUGUCCAACCCCUGGCUGUGAUGGCACAGGCCAUGUUAGUGGGAAAUACGCAAGGCACCGAAGUGUUUACGGAUGUCCAUUGGCAAAGAAGCGUAAAAUACAGGACAAACAACCAAGUGAACCAACUCCCAAGAAAAAAACAUUUCUGGUGAGAACAGACAACUCUUCUGUUGACGAGUGCUAUGAGACUGAUGGAACAGAGGAGUUGGAUGAGAAAGAUGAGGAAUAUUCUGAUGAGAAUGAUGAUCAGGAGGAAGAUGAAGAAGAGGAAGAGGAUGUGGAAGGAGAAGAAGAAGACGAGGAUGAAUUAGAAGAGGACGAUGAAGAGGAUGAGGAGUAUGAAGAUCAGAGUAAUGAACAAGAAGAUCUUCAGGAAGAAUCUGAUAAUGUCAGGAGAAACCAGGACAAUGAGAAAGAUGAUAACAACAAUGAUGAAUAUGACAAUUAUGAUGAGCUUGUUGCAAAAUCAUUAUUAAACCUGGGCAAAAUAGCUGAAGAUGCAGCAUUUAGGGCUAUGACAGAGUCUGAAAUGAGUGACAGCACAGCACGUGGCCUGGAGGAUGAUAGCGACACUAAUGGGAGCAGGGUUAGAAAAACAAAUAAAAGUGACUCCUGCCAGUUGAGUUUAGAUGUUGACAGUGAUGUUGUUAGGGAAACAGUGGACUCUCUUAAACUACUGGCACAAGGACAUGGUGUGGUACUUUCAGACAAUGCAAAUGUUAGGGGUCGUAUAGAUGGUUUAAUACAGAAUGAACUUAGAAAUGUGAACUUAGGAACAUGCAAGUCCACCAGUGAUGGUUUGGAAAAGACAGUUGAUGAAAGUGAUGAGGCUGUUUGCCUUAGCAGUCUUGAGUGCCUAAGGAACCAAUGUUUUGACUUGGCUAGGAAGCUAAGUGAGAGCCAGCAUGAAGAAAGAAACCAGCAACAUCAUUUUAGUGAUUGUCAACAGAAUAGACCCGAUGAUGAUGUCACACGAAGGAUGUCAGAUCGGAACUACUCAGAUAUGGUCAACCUGAUGAAGCUGGAGGAGCAACUGAGUCCCCGCUCUAGAGCUUUCUCUUCUGGUGUCAAGGAAGAAGAAUCACAUGACAGAGAUGAUGACACAGGCUCAGUCAAAUCUGACAGGUCUGAGGAAGUGUUUGAUAUGACCAAGGGAAAUUUGACUCUGUUAGAAAAGGCCAUUGCACUGGAAACAGAGAGGGCUAAGGCAAUGAGAGAAAAAAUGGCAAUGGAAGCUGCAAAGAGAGAUGCUUCAGAGCAAAUUCCAAGGCAUCAUCUUGGAGAUGAGAAGAAGUCCAGAUCCUCUGACGGCCAUGUUAAAAAGCCAUACUACCCUAAAGAUUCAUCACGGCCUGAAAAGAAAGAAAGCAAGUGCCCCACGCCAGGAUGUGAUGGAACUGGACACGUCACAGGCCUUUACCCUCAUCACCGCAGUUUAUCAGGCUGCCCACACAAAGACAGAGUUCCCCCAGAAAUUCUUGCCAUGCAUGAAAAUGUGCUUAAGUGUCCUACACCAGGCUGCACUGGGCGAGGCCAUGUAAAUAGCAACAGGAAUUCUCAUAGAAGUCUUUCCGGAUGUCCUAUUGCUGCUGCAGAGAAGCUGGCUAAAGCCCAAGAAAAGCAUCACAACAGCGAGGCAACAAAAUCUAACCAGGGUUCAGAUCGCGUGUUAAGGCCUAUGUGUUUUGUUAAGCAGCUCGAGAUCCCACAAUAUGGCUACAGACACAAUGUUUCCACCACCACACCUCGAUCUAACCUGGCAAAAGAGCUGGAGAAAUAUUCUAAGACUACAUUUGAAUAUAACAACUAUGACAACCAAGUUUUUGGAAAACGAGCUAUAGCUCCCAAAGUUCAGACCAGGGAUGCAUCCCCCAAAGGGUAUGAUGAUGCGAAGCGAUUUUGUAAGAACUCCAGUUCAGCCAGCAGCACGACGAGCAGCUAUGCGCCCAGCAGCAGCAGCAGCAGUAGUGUCAGCUGUGGUGGCGGCAGCAGUGCCAGCAGCACCUCGAGUAAGAGCAGCUUCGAUUACACGCAUGACAUGGAGGCAGCACACAUGGCAGCCACGGCUAUUCUGAACUUGUCCACCAGGUGUCGAGAGAUGCCUCAGAACCUCUCAACCAAGCCUCAGGAUCUAUGUGCCAGGAAUCCUGAGAUCGAGGUGGAUGAGAAUGGAACCCUAGAUCUGAGCAUGAACAAACAGAGACACAGGGAUGGCAGCUGUGGCAGCAGCAGCAGCACUGGCCUGCUGACUCCAUUAGAGCCAAUGUCCCCACAGCGACAGAACAUGAUGGUCAACAAGUGCUAUGCAAUGAACGAGAGUGAUUGCUGGGACUUCCCGGUAGACUACACCAAAAUGAAACCUGGGACGAUGGAUGAGGAGGACCCCAAAGAGGUACUUCCAGAAGAUAUGGAUCCAUUUCAGGAAAGCCUGGAAGAACGAAGGUAUCCUGGAGAGGUCACAAUACCAAGUCCUAAACCUAAAUAUGGACAAUGCAAGGACAUCAACAAAAAAGAUCUCAUAACUCUAUCCGGCUGUCCUUUGGCAGACAAAAGUAUUCGAAGUAUGAUGGCCACCAGCUCCCAAGAAUUAAAAUGUCCAACUCCUGGAUGUGAUGGUUCUGGGCAUAUCACUGGAAACUAUGCUUCUCAUAGGAGUCUUUCAGGCUGUCCACGAGCAAAGAAAAGUGGAAUCAAAAUUGCUCAAAGCAAAGAUGACAAAGAGGAUCAAGAGCCAAUCAAAUGUCCAGUUCCUGGGUGUGAUGGCCAAGGACAUGUGACUGGGAAGUAUGCAUCACAUCGCAGCGCAUCAGGGUGCCCCUUGGCAGCCAAGCGACAAAAGGACGGUUACCUCAAUGGCUCACAAUUCUCAUGGAAGUCUGGGAAAACAGAAGGCAUGUCCUGUCCAACUCCAGGAUGUGACGGUUCAGGGCAUGUAAGUGGCAGCUUCCUUACCCAUCGCAGCCUGUCAGGAUGUCCAAGAGCUACUUCUGCCAUGAAGAAGGCAAGGUUGUCGGGAGAGGAAAUGUUGACGAUAAAGCAACGAGCCAGUAAUGGGAUAGAAAAUGAUGAAGAAAUCAAACAGCUGGAUGAAGAAAUUAAAGAAUUAAAUGAAUCUAAUUCCCAGGUUGAAGCAGAUAUGAUCAAGCUUAGAACCCAGAUCACAACAAUGGAGAACAACCUGAAAACAAUAGAAGAAGAAAAUAAAGUAAUUGAACAACAGAAUGAGUCUCUUCUGCAUGAGUUGGCCAAUCUAAGUCAGUCUCUAAUCCACAGUUUAGCCAACAUCCAAUUGCCACACAUGGAUCCAAUAAAUGAACAGAAUUUUGAUGCCUAUGUGACGACUUUAACAGACAUGUAUACAAAUCAAGAUCGUUAUCAGAGCCCAGAAAAUAAGGCCCUGCUGGAAAAUAUAAAGCAAGCUGUGAAAGGAAUACAGGUCUAA